CUGCGGUUUGAGAGACGUUCGUACCGGUCGUUACCGUUUCUUUAAUUGGCACGCGCAGGUUAACAACAUUUUGGUGGACGGUGAAUUUUCGAAAAAGCACUACAAUAAACAGACCAGAUCACCCAAAAAAUCAAAAUGAAGUUCGCUAUUGUGGUGGCGGCGAUGUUUUCGCUGAUCUGCACCGUUACGUCGUUCGGAGGCAGCGAGGACAGGUUCAUCAAGAAGUACGCGAUGAUGAAGAUUUACGAGAGCUGCUUUGGCCCAGAAGUGGUGAAGCAGAUACGCAAAGAGAUGAAACUGGCUUGCGCUAAGUGUGCGGCGUAUGAGACUCCGGCGGCACCUCCGGCUCCGCCACAGCCUCCGGCACCUUCGCCAACACAAGACGAAGGAACACUCCCAGAAAAUGCCCUUUAUAGCGGCGGCCCACCGUCCUUCGACGUCGAAAAGCUGCACCAAGCCAUUCUGGCCUACAGACCUGGUGCGACUUUCCCACCUCAAGGGGCGGCGGCCUUUAGGCCGUACCAAGGGUUCUACGGCCCAGCUUUCGCUCCCCAAGGAUACCAACCCAAUCCUCUUAUGUACCCAGGAUAUCAGCAGCUUCCGUUCUCCCCCUACAGCUUCCCAAUUGUAGGACAAUCUUAUUACGGACACAGAAUGUCGAGGGACAUGGAUAUCAGAGGCCAACUGGAGGCUUUAACAUCGAGGAUGAGCGGUAGAGUAAGAAACGUGACCUGCGUCAUGCAGGAGUUGGGCUAUUUGGAUGAAAAUCUGGAACCAAACUUCGAAAAGAUCAGCGAAAGAAUCGGCAACCUUCCAGUGAGCGACGAACUAAAAAGAGACAUGCAGGACGGCGUCAGCUUCUGCCAACAAUUUUCGCAAUGCGUCCCCGAAGUGAAAAAAGAAAAGUCACCACUCUCGAGGGAAUUGAUCCGUCCCAUGUUCUUCUUCAAGUGCUACAAGCACAAGAAAUUGGAGGCUUGCAUCAUGAAGGAUGUGAGGGAAAAGUACUCCGGAGUUUCCGAUGAGGAUUUCGACGGCGACGUGGAGAUUAGAAGGCAAGGCAAGGCGGCCAAGUUGAACAAGGACGACGAAAUAGAUGAUUUGGCCGCUUCGAUGUAUGAAUUUUUGUACGCCAGCGACAGUAAUUUCGAUUUAGAGAGUAUCUUAUAAAUCGGAGCUUAAAUUAAGAAUUAAUUUUGCCAAUAAUUGAAUGCAAUAUAGGGAAAAUAGUACAAUUUACUAUAUGAUUUCAAAACUAUUAUUAAGUUAUUUUAAUGUUUUGUAAGUAUUAAUCGUAUUUAUGACUGACGUUCAUUGUAAUUUAUUUUGUAAUCAUCACUAAGAUUAUUUAUUUAUAGGUUUUUUGAAAAUGCUUGGAUUUUAGCAAUGGAAUAACACAUGUAACAUUUAUUUUAUUGUUAAAAUUUGAUCAAUAUAUUUCUUAAGUAAAAA